ACCUCAGUUUUCACUCCCUUACUCAUCCAACAUCGAGAACGCGUUCAAACAAGGCAGCGACACACGCCGCCUUGUAACCCCCCACGACGACCCCAUGAACGCCGACUUGAAGAGGGUACGGGAAAACUCCCUAGACGGAGGUUCCUCGCCUUCGUCGUCAAAACGACGCGCUCUCGGCUCACCAAACUCUGGAGCGGCAUCCCCCAUCGCAACUGGAGAAGAUGGCGGCGAAAAGGGCGAAGAGCAGCUCGACGACUGGGAGCAGAAGCUCGAAGUCAAGCGCAAGGAGUUCAUCUUCCGCCAGAUGCUCGACUACCGCCGCUCCUACGAUCGCGAGCAUUACCGCGCCAACGCGCUCGAGCGCCAGCGCCGCGCGCUUGAGGCUAGUCUCCGUAGUGUAGAGGCGUGCUGGGAACAGCUCGUCGAUUCAUUGCAAGAAAAAGCAGGACGACCCGCCGACCUCCAAGUGCCCGAAUUGUUAGAUCCCAAAAUCGACCCUUCAAAGCCCCAGUCUGAACUGGAUAGUGUCCUCGAGUCGCGAAUGUCGGCGACGUUGCGACUCGUGUCUGUGUUUUCCGACAUUGCCUCGGGCGGCAAACUUCGUGCAGAGCUGGGCGGCGGCGAGCUUGCCAAGAAGCUUGCCAAGGUGCAAGCGGAAGCUAGCUCGUUGCGCACAAACUCGGACCUGCUGCAAACCCAAAUAGACGAAUUGCGGCAAGCCCGGGAUACGUACCAGCACGACCUCCAGCGCGCAGAGAAGAAGCUGGACCGCCAGCGCAUGAACUUUGACUUGGAGAGGACAGCUUGGGAGACCAAGCGUGCGGCAUCAGCUCCGCCCGCGCAGCCUGUCGCCAACGGUUCCGGGCACUCGACUCCUAACGCUCCCCGAGGCGGUGAGGAGGGCGCGUCCGGUCCCAGCGCUGCCGAGGCUGCAGAAGCUCAGGAGCGUAUCGCGCAAGCCGAGGCGCUGGCAGCGUCGCGGCUGUCGCAGUUGGAGACACUUCGCGUAGAGAACACGGGAUUGAAACAGGAAGCAGACAAGCUCAGGCUACAGGCGCAUCACCCAACAGAAGCGCAGUUGCGCGAGUCGCCCUUCUUCCAGGUCUACCUACAGCGCUUGUCAACCCAGGUGUCGCGGGCAGACGCAUUGCAAACUCGAUUCGACUCUUCGGAAACCAAGUUGGAUCAGCUUAGAGAUAGCAACCUCGAGUUCCGGGAGGCGGUUCAGCAGGAAGCAAGGCAAGAGGUCGACACUCUGCGUCAGCAAAUGUCCAAGAGGGAUACCGACCUGGCCCGGUUGCGUGCCGAGCGCGACAAGCUCAACGACGAGCUGCACGAGCGCAAGCAAACCGAGUCGCUCAAGUCGAACCAGUGCAAGGUGCUGGACGACUUGUGCAAGAAGCGCGAGGACCGAAUCACCCACUUGCAAUCAGAGGUCGGGCGCCUCAAGGGCCAGGCUGCCGCCGAGGCUGGUGCGGACGGCUACCUCAAGUUCCUGCAUGGAGAGGGUGGCAUCGACGGCGACUACGUCAAGAGCCUCGAGGAUAAGCUUGCUGCGGCUCACGACAAGGUGACUGCGUUGACGGCUCAAAUCGAAUCGGCUAGCGAGGGUGAUGCGGCGGCAGCGGCAGCGGAGACAACUGUCCGUGUCGAGCUGGAAUCUGCAAAGCGCUCCCUAGCCAAGUUUGAGAAGAUUCUCGGGCCCGAGGCUCUCACCGAUGUCAAGGAUCUGGGAGAGAAGCUCCGCCAGGCUACCGAGGCCGAGGACAAGCUCAAGCUCCAGCUGGCACAGGCUGAAGAGUCGACUAACGCCCUCUACGCCGAGGUCGAGGGCCUGUCGUCGGCUUGGGACGGCUUGGAGAAGACGCUCAAGGACAAGGUCUACGACUUGCGAGACGCCGAGAACAAUGUCAAGCGCCUGGCGACUGAGAAGGCAAAGGCGGACAACAAGUUCUUUGACGCGAUGCGAAUGCGCGAUGCGGUGGAGGCCGACCUGAAGAACACGCAGCGCGUCGUGGACAAGCAGACCAAGCUGCUGGAGAAGGGCCAGGAGACGGAGAAGGCCAUGACUACGCAGAUUGCUGCGCAGGACAAGGCCCUCACGACGCUCAAGAACUCGAGCCUGGAGCUGCAGACGCAGGUUGCGGCUGUGUCGUCUGAAAGACGCCAGCUGGAGCUUCGACUGCAGCAGAGCCAGGGGCAGCUGUCAGAGGCGCAGCAGUUGCUGCACCAGCGUGUUGCUGAGGCAGCUGCUGCGAGCCAGGCGCGGACCAAGGCGGAGGAGGAGCUGGAGGCAGCGCAACGCCAGGUCAAGAAGUCGAAGGAGAAGCUUGAGCAGUUGACGGCUGUGGGCGCUGCUGGCAACAUGUCUGUCGGCGAGGCGCACAUCCGUGAGGAGCGGGAGAAGUUGCUCAAGCUCCUCCGCUGCUCUACGUGCCACCUCAACUUCAAGCAGCAGGUGCUCACCAAGUGCAUGCACACGUUCUGCAAAGACUGCAUCGACCAGCGUAUCGCUACGCGCCAGCGCAAGUGCCCUGCGUGUGGUGUUGCCUUCUCCAAGGAGGAUGUGGGGACGCUCUACUGGCAAUAGUGUGGUGCAGUGGGCAAGGCAGUUAUACAUGUUGUACAAGUGGCGUCGUGUGGGACGCUGCGUUAAUAAGUAGCAAGAAGCCCAGGUGCACGACAUGCAGAGCGUGAGAUGUCA